AUGAGUAAAAUCGCCCUACUCGUGAUGGACUACCAGGCCGGCAUAGUCUCUCGCAUGCCGCUGUCCCCCAAUCAUCUCCAACGCCUCGCACAAACAAUUGACGCUGCGCGUCCUCACGUUAACGUAAUCUACGUGAUAGUUGCCUUCCGUCCUGGCCACCCCGAGGUUUCGGCUUCAAACGCUACCUUUAGCGUCGCUGCACAGAAGAACUUAUACGUAAGCGGCUCGCCAGAGACUCAAAUCGACCCAGCCAUUGUCCCGAAGGAGGGCGACAUUCUUAUAGAGAAGAAGCGCGUUAGUGCUUUUACUGGCAGUGGGCUGGAUCUUGUGUUGAUGGGUCUAGGGGUUGAGACUUUGGUGUUGACGGGCAUCAGCACUGGUGGUGUGGUGCUCUCAACUGUGUGUGAAGCAGCGGAUAAGGAUUUCAAAAUUGUGGUGCUCAAGGAUUUGUGUGCUGAUGCUGAUGAGAAUUUGCAUAAUACACUACUUGAUAAUAUCUUCAGCAAGAGAGGAGACGUUUUGGGAGCCGAGGAGUGGCUGCAGAGAUUGGGUGCUUGA